AUUAAGCUUUUGCUCCAUUCGACUCAUCUUUGAGGAAAAUGUCAAAUUAAGCUAUGUAGAAAAUCAUUCGUCCCUCCAAAUUCGCAGUAAAACCCCUAUAAGCAAUGCUCUAGCCAUCUCAUUUAGACAUCGAUGGUCCGACCUGGAAUAGUAUCGAUAAGGUGACGCUUGCAACCGCGUGGAGGCGGCGUUUUCGUUGUUGUGUCAAAACAAUAAGCGAGCAGCAGAACACCCACCCAUCCAGCUAGCAAAGAUAAAGGCGAAAAAGGCUAGGCCAGCAGAGAUUGGGAUUCACCUUGCCACCCACCAGUCCAGUACAUACCCGCGCUCGCUAACAUCCGAUCCCCGCUAAAACAACACAGAAACGCCAACGCACACACACAUACACACAGACGCAGCGGCAAUGAAAAUCACAGUGACGACCAGCGAUGACAAGGUCUUCUGCUUGGACGUGGCCCAGGAUCUGGAGUUGGAGAAUCUCAAGGCCCUCUGCGCGAUGGAGAUCGGUGCGGAAGUGGCCCAAAUAGCGGUCAUUUUCAACGGGCGGGAGCUUUCCAGCGACAAACAGACGCUGCAACAGUGCGGCGUCGGCGACGGCGACUUCAUCAUGCUGGAACGACGCAGGAGCGGCAAUCGCUCAGCGGGCGGAAAUCCAGCGAUCAGCACGCUGGACUUCAGCAACAUCGCCGUGCCGGGCACUAGUUCCGGCGGCAGUCCACCAUCGAGGCGGGUGCAGCAGCAGGGAGUGCAGCAGCCGCAGUUCAACAACCUCACGGACAUACCCACGACCGAUGAGUUCAAUGUGAACUUCGACGACGACCCAGAGACGGUGCGACAGAUGUUCCUGUCCAGUCCCGAGACGCUGUCGCUCCUCCGGCAGUACAAUCCCAGCCUGGCGGAGGCCAUCGAUUCCGGCGACAGGGAAAAGUUCGCUCGGCUGCUCCGCGAGCAUAUUACGGAGCGAAAGCGUCGUAACGAGCAUCGCAUGCGAAUGCUAAACGCCGAUCCCUUCGAUGAGGAGACCCAACGUCUGAUUGCCGAGGAGAUCAAGCAGAAGAAUAUCCAGGAUAACAUGGCAGCUGCCAUUGAAUACAAUCCGGAGAUCUUUGGCACGGUUACAAUGCUCUAUAUCAACUGCAAAGUGAAUGGCAUUCCUGUGAAGGCCUUUGUGGACUCUGGCGCCCAGACGACGAUCAUGAGCAAGGACUGCGCCGAGAGAUGCCACGUCAACCGGCUGAUUGACACGCGCUGGAACGGUGUGGCCAAGGGUGUUGGUACACAGCCCAUUCUGGGCAGGAUACACAUGGUCCAGUUGCAGAUUGAGAACGAUCACUUAACGUCCAGCUUCACCGUGCUGGGCCAGCAGCCCAUGGACAUGUUGCUGGGUCUGGACAUGCUGAAGCGACAUCAGUGCCUGAUUGACUUGCAGCGUAAUUUAUUGAUUAUUGGCACCACGGGAACAACGACACCCUUUCUGCCGGAAAGUGAGCUGCCGGUCAGCGCCCGGCUGACAGGAAACUCGGAGGAUUCGAUGGAACAGGAGGCAAUUUCCAAUGCAAUCGAGCAAAGCAAACGGGAGAGCGGUGGCGCCGGUGGCGGACCCAACACGAUCAGUCCGCAAGAACGAUUCACCGAACAGGAUGUCACUGAUCUCAUGGCCCUUGGCUAUCCUCGCAGCGAUGUGCUUACCGUGCUGCGCCUGUGCGGCGGUAACAAGCAGGCGGCCAGGUCCGUGCUGCUCCACCGCAACGAUGCCGCCUCGGGGAGCGAACUCAGCUGAACGCGGCUAGACGCACAGCCCACACCACCACCUAAAGCCGAACUCCCCAUAGCCAGAAACCGGAUUGCAAUAGGAUGAUGAACAGACUGGACCCCACUAACUGGAAGCCGUUCCAACGAAAUACUCCGAGCAAUACCAAAAAAUACGCCACGCCACGCCACAUAUAAAAUCAAGUAGGAAAUAGUAAGGACUAUACACAACCACAAAGCAUGAAUACCGAAACGAAAACCUUUCUAAUUUAGUGAAAUGUUUAUAAACUGAUGUCACUUUUUUUAUACGAAUCGUUUGUUACGAUGUACAAUAUCUAAUUAGGGUGCUACGCAGCACCGGGACAUUUUUAAAGCAGAGGUGGGUUGGUUUUUUCUAGAAAAAAUAGUAAGCGAUAUAAUCUUAAAUUUGAUAAAUGAAAAUCUGGACGGUGAUGGAAACAAGCCGCAUCAACGAAAGCAUGAAACAAGUAAAUACAAAAGAAAAACGAAAACGAAAGAAUGCCUGACUAUUAAAUAAUAGUACACUUAUACACAAUUUGAACUAGUAUUAAGGGUCUGUCAAGAAAAACUGAAUUGGGUUCAAUAAUAAACGGUCGAUAGUAUUGUUUUGGAUUUGAAAAGAAAA